CACUUUUAAUGGCACUCAAGUCAACUAACAGCCGCAUCGGAAGCCAUUCAGGCACAGGAGCAGACGAAAACAUGUAGCUGUCAAGUGUAACGAUUUUAUUGGUGAUUCAAGAGGCUGAUGGUCUGCUCGUCCUCGUCGAGGGCCAUUUAGCUAGUGUUAAAUUGCUGCAAUUGCCAAGUAGUCGCCAUGGGCAUGCGAGAAUGCUGUUCCGCCUUCCUGGGUGGACUUCCCGAUCCCGCCCUGCCCCUCGUGCCCUCUAUGGCGCUGGGCAUGAUAUUUGCUGCUCUGAUUCUUGUUAUCUUUUACAAAAAGGAGAAUAAAGUGCCUUUGAAAAUCGCCGUCUUGGAGAUCCUGAGGAAAGUGUUCUACCUGUUUCCGACCCCAGACCACUCGGAGUCACAGUCCUGCAGGAACUCCAGCUGUGUCCGUUGCUGUAAAUACAAGGAGCUUGAACAGCAAAUUGCAGAGAAAUGGAGAGCAUUAGACUCCAAGACUCAGGAGUCCACAUCACUUAGAGUACGUGAUGCUGUGCAGACGGUGGUGAGGCGGUUGGCUCCAUCUGCCGAGAAGUUGGGAGAAGACAGGACAAGAGCCUCGCAGAAAGAGAAAUCACUCCGAUCAGCCUUCCAGAAGCCUACCAUAUUCUCUGUGGAUUUACCAGCCAAUCCUUACUGGAAUGAGUUUGAUGUGUAUGGGAUGGAACUGAGACUCCUGAAGCUCAAUUUCAGCAUUAUCUUGAAGGAAUUUGAGUCUGUCUUUGAGGCUCUGAAGGGAGGCGACAACUGGGGCUGGAAACUGAACGAUAUCCCUCGUGGUCAUUGGUGCAUCUUCCCCUUCAUUGACCAAGGUGUCGUCAAUGAGUCAAACUGCAAGAGAUGUCCCAACACGUCAACUAUGAUCGGUUCAUUGCCAUCAGUCAUGCAGGAUUGUGUGUUUGGCAAUGCCUGCUUCUCAGUGCUGUAUCCAGACUCACAUAUUGAGCCUCAUUAUGGCCCCACUAAUCUAAGGCUGAGGUGCCAUUUAGGACUGAAAAUCCCCAGUGACUGCUGGCUGGAGGUGAAUGGCACGCAGCAUAAGUGGAAGCCAGAGGAAACUGUAGUCUUUGAUGACUCCUUUGAACACUCUGCAACAUUCAGUGAGCAGCCAAGUGCAGCCCAAGCAUCUCCAAGAGCAGUGCUGAUUAUUGAUUUCUGGCAUCCAGAUGUUACGAAAGAUGAAAAGAAGAUCUUAUUGGAUUUGUUAAGUCCUUAGGAAUAUAGUCAGAUUUUGUUUGUCUCUUGUAUUUUCAGUGAUUUAAUAAUGUGUUAAUUCUUAGUAAUUUCCCAAUAUGUAUAUGGUACUUAUUAAACUGUUUUUUUUUCAUGUACCUGAUUAUAUGAUUUCAAGAAAUAGAUGAUUAAAUAAUUAAGUUUUGAUUGAGUGUUCUUCCAUAUUAUGAUUGACAUUUAUUUUUUCUAUUCAUCUUUAAUCAUCUUUCAUAUAGAUUAAGGAACUGAAUGAAAGAUUAUAUUUAUUUCCUUAAUUACUUGAAUAAAAUAGUAGUUUGC